GAUGGUUCUGAAGUUCCGCAGCAUUGAUUUGGAGGCGCUACAGAACCUCCACCUGACCACGCGGGGGGACAUCUCAGAUGACCUCCAGCACCAGGUCAACAGCCUACUGCUGGGGGAGGUGGCCCAGUCCUUCAAUCUCACCUGGAUAAAACAGGACAAAAUGUCCUUUGAGAUUAAAAAAUCGACCCAAAGUAAAAUUGACAUGGAAGCUGAGGUAGAGAAGAUCCAGAGUGCUGUCAAACAAGGGCAGAUAGUGCUACACGUCCAUUACAUCAGGCCUAUAGUGGCCACUGAGGCAUUCACUCAGAGGACAUUCAAAGAGUUGUGUCCAGAUAAAUACCAGAUGUCCACCUCCCCACCCCCACUGAAGACAACAGUUACCAGUCUCAAUACCAAUUAUAGCACAGUUACACCCUCCAGCCAGGCCCCCAGUCUGAUCGUCAUAUAUAACACCUCAGAGAUGACCCGCGCGGAGGCCGACGCCGUCGUCUUGGAUACAGUCCACACCUGUCUGAUAGAGAUCCACUCCUGUGAGUCCUGUAUGAGCCGUUACUCCCGCGACUCCUGCUCCUUCCAUCCACUGACCACCGACAGCCCACCCUCCACCACCCACAAGAUGAACGAGUCUACCCCAGCGAUAAGUCAGGAGGAGGAGAUCCACCUGGGAGCGGUGACCAUCACCAUCAUAGCCACCGCCGGCUGCUUCCUGCUAGCCCUCGCUCUCUGGACAGCCGAUUACGUGAGAAAAGCAACCACAAAGAAAUCCAAAUUUAAACGGAAACAACAUAAAAUAGAAAUGGACAUACAACAAUGAACUGAACUUGAUUUUUGAACGAAACAUUCUUGUAUGUUUCUAAAAUAAAGUAAUUUUGUAAUUGGU